AUGGCUUCUCGAGCCAAUCCACGAGCACAACUGCGACUUCCAGUGGGGCCGUCCCUUCGAGUCAAACUACAAGACACACCAACAACAGACGAGUCGACUUUUCGCUUCGCAGUGAAACUUGGCCGCUCGAGCCUCGCAGACUGGCCUCCUGGGAAGCCGAAAGAACACCGUCUCGAAGAAGACAAGCUUCUCUCCGCGAGGCUGCAGGCCAGCAAAAUGGAGACGGAGGAUCCAAGCCAGGCGGCCUCAGCCACGUGGACAUUCCAGACCGUCGUUUUGAUGGUACAGGCGACUGGACGAAUGUCCGCCGGUCUGUCUGUUCAACGGCCAGUUCAACAUACCAACAGGGUCGUGGACAAGCCGACAAAGUCUGGUGCCGCAAAGGCUCACACGCCUCGGCACCAUCCAUCUGCAUCUGUCGUCAUCGUCGCCGUCGCCGUCGCCGUCGCCGUCUCUCUGUUUGCAGGACAAGUGCUCAUUUUCGGCCAAAGCAAACAGACGAGGACGGAAGGAGGCUUGACGACUGACGUUCUGCAGAGAUGGGUUGUCGUUGCACGCGACUCUUCACUGUCGGACUUUUGCCCACAAGACGAGUUGGAUGGCGUCGACGUCGACGUUGAAGUCAGCGAUGGGCGGUGGUCGAAACUAGGUCAGGCGAGUUGGACGGCGAGAGGCGAAGAGGCGAAGAGGCGAAAAGGCGAAAAGGCGAAAAGGCAAAGAGACAAAAGGACAAAAGGGCUAAAGAACUAA